GGAGAGGCGGCACAUGUAGCAGGAGGGAAUAGGAUCCCGGUCGCGCAGCUGGACUUAUUGGGAAACCAAACUUUACCAGUCCCACAGACCCUGCUGGAAGAACCAGAAGUAAGGAAAGGAACAGAAAUAGUUUCAUAAAGAUUUAAAGUCAUAAAGAUCUGAGAUGUUUGGGCUACUGGUGUCCAGGAGAGGAGAGCCAUGAGGAACGGCGUGGGGAGGGAGAGGAAUCUGUGAGACGCACCGGGAAGGAACGUGUGGGGGCAAGCUGCUUACUGGGAAGACCGGUGAUGAUACUCUGUGAUAGUGGGUUGACCUGACCAGUCUGAUUAAACGUUGGUUGACCCCCCCACACUUUUUUGGAACAUCAUGGACCCCUCCUUGGCCUUGUUCCCCUACAUUGUGCUUUUGACUGUCCCCUUCCUUACACCCUGCGGAGCUCAGCGCUGCCUAUCCAGGCCGAUACCGGACAUGACAAUAGCCAUCAGCGGGGAAGUGUUACAGAAUGUACGUGGCACUGAUCCGCUCUAUGCUGCCAACGCUGAGGAAUGCGCAGCUUCAUGUUGUGCAGAACACCAGAUUGCAGGUCACCAGGAUUGCAACCUCUAUAUUUUUGACAGCCGUAAGAUCAAUAAACAUCUAAACUGUUACUUAUUUCACUGCCCAACACCGGAAUCCUGUCCCUUAAAACGGUCGAAGGGAGUCACCAGCUUCCGGAUAUUGCCAGAAAAUGAAGACUCUGAUACUGACAUUGAUGAACCAGCGGUCGGGGUGCUGGUAUCCGGUAAUCAAAGCAAAGAAAAACAGUCUGCAGGCAAGGAAUCUGGGCCCCCCCUACAAGGUGAUAAAAGCCAGAUAUUAGACUCCAAGGAACAUUCUCAGAGCCCUGCAACUGAAAAAUCUGCCCCCAGCGCUCACUUACAAGGUGAUACAAUGGAUAGAGAAGACCACAAAGAGCACCCUAAAAGCUCAGAAGCCAAGCAGCCUGGCUCUGAUGUACAGGCACAAGGUGAUACAAGCCAUACAUCAGACCUUACAGAGGACUCCCAAAGCUCUGAAGCCAAGGACCCUAAAGAACAGUCACAGGGUGAUACAAGCCAUACAUCAGACCUUACAGAGGACUCCCAAAGCUCUGAAGCCAAGGACCCUAAAGAACAGUCACAGGGUGAUACAAGCCAUACAUCAGACCCUACAGAGGACUCCCAAAGCUCUGAAGCCAAGGACCCUAAAGAACAGUCACAGGGUGAUACAAGCCAUAGAUCAGACCCUACAGAGGACUCUCAAAGCUCUGAAGCCAAGGACCCUAAAGAACAGGCACGGGGUGAUACAAGAAAUAGAUCAGACCCUAAAGAGGACUCUCAAAGCUCUGAAGCCAAGGACCCUAAAGAACAAUCACAGGGGGAUACAAGCCAUAAAUCAGACCUUAAAGAGGACUCUCAAAGCUCUGAAGCCAAGGACCCUAAAGAACAAUCACAGGGGGAUACAAGCCAUAAAUCAGACCUUAAAGAGGACUCUCAAAGCUCUGAAGCCAAGGACCCUAAAGAACAGUCACGGGGUGAUACAAGCCAUAAAUCAGACCCUAAAGAGGACUCUCAAAGCUCUGAAGCCAAGGACCCUAAAGAACAGUCACGGGGUGAUACAAGCUAUAGAUCAGACCCUAAAGAGGACUCUGAAAGCUCUGAAGCCAAGGACCCUAAAGAACAGUCAUGGGGUGAUACAAGCCAUACAUCAGACCCUAAAGAGGACUCUGAAAGCUCUGAAGCCAAGGACCCUAAAGAACAGUCACGGGGUGAUACAAGCCAUACAUCAGACCCUAAAAAGGACUCUCAAAACUCUGAAGCCAAGAACCCUAAAGAACAAUCACAGGGUGAUACAAGCCAUAAAUCAGACCUUAAAGAGGACUCCCAAAGCUCUGAAAACAUGGAGUCUGGCUCUAGUGUAAAGUCACAUAGUGAUAAAAAGCAGGUAGCAGACCUUACAGAGGAAUCUCAGAGUACUGAAUCAAAGGAGUCUGACAUAAAGUCGCAGGGUGAUACAAAGCGGAUAUCGGACCCUACAGAGGAAAUCUCUGAAGCCAACAAUACUGGUCAUGAUGUUCAGUUAGAAAGUAAAAGAAUCCAUCCACCCAACUCAGAAGAGCCUACUGCAAAAUCAGACAAUGAACCGCAUCAUAAAAGCCCUUUAGACAUGGAAUCUGAAUCAGAAAGCAAUGAGUCUGACUUAAAAGUCCUCUCCAAAGGCUCAGCCAUGAAAACCCAGGAGAAUGUUCAGAGCCACAUCACUUCCCAGAUGAUUGAUUUGGCUAAGGAUAUUGAAAAGCAACUGGAGUUGAUGGAGUCAAAACAAGACCCUUCCAGUCUCUCCUCUCCCCACCAUAAUGCUUCAGGCAGUGCUCAUAAUGUUCCUCCUGCUGAGAAGGAUGAAGAGUCCAGUCAUUCAGGCAAUGAUCGUUCAAAAGUCAUGGUUCCUAAUCACACCAAGCUCCAUGAGGAACCUCCCACCUCAGCUCCUUCUAAUCCCACAUUUAGCACUUCAGACUCCCGCCAUCUUGUCAUCUCCAAGGCCAAUACUCUAGCACCUCAAGGAGAUUCCCAUAAAAAGGAAUCUGCUAUUGGUAAGGACAUUGAAAAUGCUAUAAGUUCUUCUAAGGAUGGUUCUCGUCUAUCAAAGGAACGUACAACCACAAAAGCCCUCAAAACUCCAUACCUUACUAGUAGCACAAAGAUUCCAGAUGCUACAUUUAUGCACAAGUCCAGAACCUCUGUACUGGCCACACACACAAAGGCCACUACCCUAUCUCCUGAACCUGGAGUUCACACCAGUAAAACCCUUAUGGAAGAUGACCCUGUUCUCACCCAGCACGAUGCCCAGAGUGACAGAGCCAGUAAGUCGGAUAUUGACAACUUCUUCCUAGAGGAACGAAAUGGCUUGGUGGCAGCGCUGGUCUUUGGAGUGGUAUUUCUACUGGUGGUGAUAGGCCUUGUAGGCCGCAAGGUUUCCGAAGUUCGACGCCGGUACCAGUACAACAAGCUAGACUAUCUCAUCAAUGGCAUGUAUGUGGAUACGUGAGGAAGUCGCUGAAGGGGGUGGUUUAUAUGGGGUGCUCCAUUUGCUGCCCAGCAAUUAGCUUGACCACCUCAUGCUCUUGGUGGUUACAUUACAGGAGAGGACAUGAUAUGGAUGAGAAUGAGAAGUGGGGAGGGGGCUUGCUAGACAUUUGGCAUGUUAGCCCCAACCCAUGCAAGAAUUGCCAUAUGGGACAUCUUUAUUGCUUUGAUGAUAAUAUGUGUCAAAUACAGAGGCGGGGUUUAUAUUGUGUAUUAACAGAUUUCCAUGCUCUCUGUACUGCUGGAGCUCUCACAUACUUGUAAUAUUUGUUGUUAGAAGAUCACCGCUAUGAGGGCCCCACACCAAUAAAUAGUUGCCAAUUGUCACUUUUCCCUCCAAUAGAGAAUAUGCAGCUCUAAGAGUGUCAGCCCUAAUACUGUGAAUUAAUAUAAAGUGCUGGUAUUAUGUGUGUUUACUUUCCCUUAGCUCAGUCUUUUGGGGCUACACCCUUCCUUAAGUGAAAAUGCUGUAGAGCAGUGAUCCCCAACCAGUGGCUCCGGGGCAACAUGUUGCUCCCCAACCCCUUGGAUGUUGCUCUCAGUGCCCCCAAACCAGGGAGUUAUUUUUGAAUUCCUGACUUGGGGGCAAGUUUUGGUUGAAUAAAAACAAGAUUUCCUACCAAACAAAGCCCCCUGUAAGCCGAUAGGGUGCAUAGAGGCCCCUAAUAGCCAAUCACAGCCCUUAUUUGGCUCCUCCAUGAACUUUUAUGGUGCUUGUGUUGCUCCCCAAGUCUUUUUACAUUUGACUGUGGCUCCUGAGUAAGAAAGGUUGGGGACCCCUGCUGUAGGGGGAUAACUACCAUGUGGGCUUUCCUUCGCUACACGCUUUAAGAAGCUCCCAUCAUGCACCAUCACCAGAAGCCUAAAUGUCUUUGCAUGGCCCAACCAUAAUAUUGAGCUGGCUCCAGUAGGUACCAGGAAGCGGUGCCAAAACCAAGUUCUGCAUCACUGUUUAAAUGAGCCCAAUUCAGGGCUGAAAAUAGGAGUAGGCAGCAUAGGCACAUGCCUAGGGCACAAAAGAAGGGGGGGGGGGGCACUAUGCCACUAUGGCCACAGGCACAUACCUCUGCUGCCGUCUGUAAUUCUGGCCCUGCAGGAAAGCAAGUAGGUUUUGGUGAUGCAAACAGGCCCAGCUAGUGGGGGUUGCUGACAUGUGGGCACCCUUGCCUUGGGCUAGGACAUAGUAACAUAGUAAGUUAGGUUGAAAAAAGACACACACCCAUCACGUUCAACCUUAAUGCCUAUAUAUAACCUGCCUAACUGCUAGUUGAUCCAGAGGAAGGCAAAAACCCCAUCUGAAGCCUCUCUAAUUUGCCGCAGAGGGGAAAAAAUUCCUUCCUGACUCCAAGAUGGCAAUCGGACCAGUCCCUGGGGCAACUUGUACUUGGACACUCUGGCCCUUCUGAUUAAGGAACACCCACUUAUUAAAAAAUUAAUGACUGCAGUA